AUGGCUCGUUCCAGAGCUCCUUCGUCUUGCUUUGGAGCCAAAAAGCAAAGGUUGGAUGAGGAAUCAACAUCACGACCAUGCGUUCCUCGUAAUGGCCUUAGCACACCUGGGGUUGUUAGACAUGAAAUGUGUUACUUUUGCUUUGACGUCCUUCACAACCAUUUGCGUAAUAUUGAACCUCCCCCUGCCCCCAAGACAUUUCCAAACAGCUCUUAUCCGCUUUUCGUGACAUGGACGUACGGAAAAGAGGAAAAGCUGCGUGGAUGUAUAGGUACUUUUACUGCUAUGAAUAUCCAUAGCGGUCUUCGUGAAUAUGCGAUUAACAGUGCCAUCAAAGACAGUCGCUUUUCACCAAUAACAGAAGAAGAGUUUCCUCAUCUCACAUGUUCAGUCUCCUUGCUUUUGAAUUUUGAAGAGGGGAAAAACUAUCAGGAUUGGCAGAUUGGUGUUCAUGGAAUUCGAAUUGAAUUUGUUAAUGAAAAGGGAUAUCAUCGCACUGCUACGUAUUUGCCUGAAGUUGCCUACAAACAAGGUUGGAAUCAUUGUGAAACCAUCGAUUCUCUUCUUCGAAAAGGUGGUUACCGUGGUAAUAUAAGUGAGGCAUUUCGACAAUCAAUUCGGCUUACUAGAUAUCGUAGCGAAAAAUAUAGUGUGCAUGCAUCAGAGUAUUUACGUGCUCGUCAGAAUGGUUAUCGCGUUUAAUAUGAAUUGUGUUCUGUACGACAAUUAUUUCAAUGUUUGUGUAUGAACGAAUAAUAAAACAAUUGGCUGCAUAAAAAAUGUACGCUGUAAAUCGCUUAUCUAACCUAAAUCUAUAUGGGUACAUCAUAUUUAUUCUACAUUCUUUGUUUUCUAAGCGUCAAUUCCUUGUGUAUUUCCUCUUUAACUAUCUCCUUACAAUUUUCUUUAUUCCUUCCAUAGUGUUGUUAACCUUUUUCCUUAACGGUUUAUCCUCUAAUGAAAACUUUGGAAGCUUCCUUUCCAGAUAAUUCAAUUUAUUUAUACAAUAUGAAUUUCCAGUUUAGUGACAUGGAAACCAGUGACUAACACAUCUGUGUAACAGUUCAGGGAACCUGUAUUGUCAUCUGUUAAUAUAUUUAACAUCUAAAAGGAGAAAAAAAUCAUCACUACUGCUUAGUAACUAUUGGAUUUGUUAAUGAACGAUAACAAUACUACAACAAAAAAAAAACAAGUUGCCUUAACUACUGCAUUCCAGUCACAAUUGUGUUGAUCCAAGAUUUGUUUUUGUUGUCCUGGCAAUAUGUAUGUUAUUGUAGUGAAUAUUGUUAUUAUUAAUACACACUAAUCUACUUGUCUUUCUUUAAUACAAUCUGAAUUAGACUUGGUUAAUAAAUUAACAAAAUAAAAUGAUAAUCCAUAUGAUAUAAGAAAAGAAAAGAGA